AUGACAUUCUCCCCCAACAAAAGAAUCCUCAUCGUCGGUGCCGGCGCCUUCGGCACAUCAACGGCCUACCACCUCUCCCAACGCGGUUACAACUCCAUCCGCGUGCUCGACCGCCACGCAGUCCCAUCCUGCGAAGCCGCCUCGACCGAUAUCAGCAAAGUGAUUCGCAGCGACUACAAUGAGCCUCUUUAUUGCAAAAUGGGGAUCGAGUCGAUUGAAGCGUGGCGUGACUGGGAUAUGUUUGAGGGACUGUAUCAUGUUCCGGGAUGGAUCCUGAGUGCCUGUAAGCUUUCGGUGCCGUUUGUGGAGGGAUCGGUUGAGACGUCAAAGAAACUUGGUGUGGAAGGGUUGGAGAUUCUGACGCCGGAGGAGAUAAGGGAUAAAUUGCCGUUGGUCAAAGGGAAGUUGGAUGGGUGGAAUAUUAAUGUUUGGAAUCCGACAGCCGGGUGGGCAAACUCUGGCGAGGCUGUGAGGAGGAUGGCGCUCGCGGCGGAGAGGAACGGGGUUGAGUUUGUGAGUGGUGAUAGGGGUUACGUGAGGAAAUUGAAGUAUGCGUCUGAUGGGACUACGUGUACGGGUGUAGUUACGCAGGAUGGCACGGUUUAUGAGGCGGAUCUUGUCAUCUUGGCUGCUGGUGCUUGGAUGCCGAGUUUGAUUGAUCUUCAUGAUCAAUUAACAGCUAAGGGUCAUUCUGUUGCGCACAUUCAGCUUACCCCAGAAGAGACAAAAGAAUAUGCCUCCCUUCCAAUCCUCGAUAAUCUUGAGUUGGGGUAUUUCUUCCCUCCUCAAGAAGACGGCAUUUUCAAAAUGGCACAUAGCCAAUUCAUUACAAACACUGCGAUCGACCCGGUAUCAGGGUUAACGACUUCCAUCCCUCACACUUUUGUCCAGUCUCCCACAGACGAUCUCCCCCUCGAAAUCGAGGCAACUAUGCGCCGCAAUCUGCGACGAGUAUUUCCCCAACUGGCCGAUCGCCCGUUCUGUUAUACCCGUCUUUGCUGGGAUGCCGAUACAGCCGACCGCCAUUUUCUCGUAACGCCUCACCCUACUCAAAAGAAUCUGUUUAUUGCAACCGGUGGCUCAGCGCAUGGAUUUAAAUUUCUACCAAUCGUGGGGAAGUAUAUUGCAGACCAUAUUGAGGGCAAACUGGACGCGGACGUUGUGCAUCACUGGCGCUGGAGGGCGGGCGAGACGAUGAAUACUAAGAAUCUGGCGCAUUUGGAUCCGGAGUUGGAGUUGGCUGAUUUGACGGGGUGGAAGGGGAGGAGGGAGCGUGAGGGAAGAGUGAAGGCAAAGCUGUAG